AAUUGACUGUAAUCAAGUGUCAAACACGCCGAAGCAAGGCACUGCUGAAAAACUACUUUACCCAGAAGCUCUUCGUCAAUUUAUGGCGGAUUCUACAGUGCGUGGCUAGCUACUAUCCAAAUAGACAACAAAAUCUAACGUUAGUGGGUAGAAGAUGCUGCGCAGAAAGCCCACCCGUCUGGAGCUGAAGUUGGAUGACACGGAGGAGUUUGAGAGUGUCAAGAAAGAGCUUGAGAGUCGGAAGAAACAGCGAGAUGAGGUGGAUGUUGUUGGCGUGGCGAUGUCGAGUGACAUGGUGGGGGCCGGUAGUGGAACAGGGGAUGGGAAGACACGGGAACAGAUGAUCAAUGAGAGAAUAGGCUACAAGCCCCACCCUAAACCCAACACCUUGCCAUCGCUCUUUGGAAACCUGCAAUUUUAGGUUCCUAACGGACACAUUAGAGACCGCUAAAAUGGUUGGCCUCUCCAGCAUUGGUGUGUGGUUGGCACCGUGACUGUGCUCUUGACAUGGUCAGGGGUAUUUGUUUACCUGAGAAGUAUCUCUACAAAGAAACGUGUACUUUGAGGAUCAUAUUGCAUUCAUAAGUCUAAAGUAAUGUUGCUGCAUUUACCUGAAAAGUUAGGACCUGGAUGCAAAGGGUGGCCUUUUGUACAAUGUAAUGUUUGAUGGGAGGGGUCAUGUACAGUGGUUUCCCUCCUUUAUUACAAACAUCCAGACUUGGUAGCAUCCGUGGAGAGAUGGAUUAACUGAAUGGACUUUAACUAAAUCAGUCAUUACAUACAAUGGUAUGCUUGUACUUUUAUUUGCCUUCACGGCCGCAUUAUGUCAAGGACAGGAGACUGCAACAGAAUUGAACAAAUACAGUUCUUGAAUGAUACCAUUUAUUACUUGUUUUCUCUAAAAAGAUUACAGCACUAUAAAUAUGUAAAACUAUACAGACAUGUCCACACUGAUGCUGCGCUGGAGUGGUGGUCAGAUUCCCACUUGUUUUUGGCCAAUUUACUUCAACACUCCAUUUGUACAGUAGACUAUAAUAUAUCCUCUUUAUACAUGAUCCCACAUGGUAAAGCAGAAACGGUUAUAUGUUCAAGUAUAUACUAAUGUCCCUGGCUUUAUAGUAAUGUAAUGAGAACACGUGGCUAUUAAAUCCAGUUAUAGCAACUGGGAAUUUGAUCCCCAAACCAGGCACAACACAAUGUCACUCAGGCAACUGAUAAACAUUUACUACAGUCAUUUAUCUCAAAUGGGAAAAAAGUACACCAUUAAGAAACUAAAAAGAAAUACCUAAAAGUGAAAUAUUUUCUCUUUUAGGUCUACUUCAACCUUCUGUCAAAGUAUGUACUGUCUGUAGUGUGUGGCCUAAGCACCGAUGGGUCACAGAGUAGUGCAGAAAUCAUGUGUUACUAGGCCAGUCUGAGAAAGCACUGGAUCCAGCCUCCUACUUUCCCAGAGUUAUCUGCUUGUCCUUGGGACCUGAGCACUUGCUCCAAUAAGGACACUAGUAUCCAUGUUGUGUUGACAUGCGUUACUUUAAGCCUAUUGAAUGAACACACCAAAAUUUACUCCCAAAUUAUAGCGGGGAAUCCCACUUCAUGAAGUGAUAAAGUUAACCCUUUUUAGGUUGAGGUUUUUAGGGACCUCCUUAUGUGCUCAGAUUAGACCCAGUAAUCUGUUCAACAUGAAUUUGUUUCUUGAAACAAGCAAAUGAAAGAUUUGGCCAGCAACAAUAUAUGGUAGUGAAGAUUUAGAAAGGCAGACACUUGAAUUUAGAUGUAAAAUGAUCUUCGUUGGAGGUGAUACUAGCAGUAGGUUUGUUUGACAUGUACAUAUAUUUCUAUUUACAUUGGCUUCUUAAUGUGCAAGAGAAUUUUUAUUGUACAUUUAUGGGUCAGAUCAAGCCUACUCUUAAGUGAAGCGUUAUUUGUAAAUACUGAGUUUUU